GGAGGAGACCGACGAUGGUGAUGAUGUGCGAGGACUGGACGUGUUCUCCUGCGCGCAGACCCGAUCAUCUCCUCACUGUUUAAUUAUUAAGGAGCGGAUCUGCUCCCACAAGCGCAACAUAAGCGAGUCUCUUUGUUGGUUACUUCCAGGCUGCGAGUGUCGGUGAUGGAGACCGAUGACCAGGCGCCGCAUAUUUCAUCGGACGCUUCCUAAAAUAACACACCGGUGAAGAACGCACAGAGAGCGGCUUCCUGACUCGGGACUGCAGUAUCAUCUCGGUGGCUCUCAGGUCUACGGAUUUAACCCCGGCUGCAGCUUUUCUUUCACCGGCCGUGGCCCCUCUUCACUGCCCUGCUCUCCUCUCGAGAGCCCGGACACCGGUGACUUUUUAAUGGCUUUUGUGUUUAGGAGAUGGAGGCUUCUACUGGUGCUGAACGUGCUCGCCGUUGCCGGCUUCAUGACUUUUUGGGCCAAGUGCAACACACGCAGCGUCCGGCCCGCCGGUCCGGAGGCUCUGGCUGACGGGAAGAGGCCCCGGGGGAACGGGACAGUGCAGGGGCCCAGCAUCAGCCAUGAGGUCCUGCUGAAGAGACUCAGCUCUCUGGAGGACGUGGUGUACCGGCAAUUAAACGGUCUGUCUAAAUCUCUGGGCUUGAUUGAGGGCUUUGGCGGCCGGGGGAAAGGCGGCCUUCCCGCCACGCUGUCUCCAGCCGAGGAGAGCGACGCCAAAAACCUGAGGGAGAGGUACGGCUACAACGCCUACCUCAGUGACAGAAUCUCUCUGGAUCGCAACAUACCAGACCACCGGCCCAGCAAAUGCAGAAAUGUCAGCUACCCGAGAGACCUCCCGCAGAUCUCCCUCAUUUUCAUCUUCGUCAACGAGGCCCUGUCCGUAAUCCUGCGCUCAGUCCAUUCAGCCGUCAAUCACACGCCAGCUCACCUGCUCAAAGACAUCAUCCUGGUGGACGACAACAGCGAUGACGAGCAGCUCAAAGCACCACUGGAGGAGUAUGUGAACAAGCGUUACCCUGGUCUGGUGAAGAUCGUCAGGAACCAGAAGAGAGAGGGUCUGAUCCGAGCCAGAAUCGAGGGCUGGAAGGUCGCAACUGCCGAAGUCACAGGGUUUUUUGACGCCCAUGUGGAGUUUACGCCGUCCUGGGCUGAGCCAGUCCUGGCCAGAAUAAAAGAGGACCACAAGAGAAUCCUGUUGCCCUCCAUCGACAACAUCAAGCACGACACAUUCGAGGUGGAGCGCUACGAGAACUCGGGCCACGGGUACAACUGGGAGCUGUGGUGCAUGUACAUCAGCCCACCCAAACAGUGGUGGGACGAGGGGGACAUGUCUGCUCCCAUCAGGACUCCCGCCAUGAUCGGCUGCUCCUUCGUGGUGAACCGCGACUACUUCGGGGAACUGGGCCUGCUCGACUCUGGCAUGGACGUCUACGGCGGCGAGAACAUCGAACUAGGCAUCAGGGCGUGGCUGUGUGGAGGCAGUAUGGAGGUGCUGCCUUGUUCCAGAGUGGCUCACAUCGCACGGACGAAAAAACCGUACCACAGUAACAUAGCUUUCACCACGCGACGCAACUCUCUGCGCGUGGCUGAGGUCUGGAUGGAUGAGUACAAAUCUAAUGUGUACCUGGCCUGGAACAUACCAAUGGAGAACCACGGCAUUGAUUACGGAGACAUCUCGCAGCGCGUGGCCCUGAGGAAGAGUCUGCAGUGCAAGAGCUUUGACUGGUACCUCGACAAUGUUUACCCGGAGAUGAGGAGGUACAACAACACGCUGUUCUACGGCGAGAUUCGUAACUCGAAGGUGAGCCAUUUAUGUAUGGACCAGGGCAUGAAGGAGAACCACACGGCCACCCUCCACCCGUGUCACGGAUGGGGCCCUCAGAUAGGACGUUACACCAGACAGGGUCAGCUGUUCCUUGGCCCUCUGGGCAGCACCGGGGAGGACACUCGCUGCGUGGUGGACGACCAGGUCAGCAGCUUCCCUCAGCUCCUCAACUGUGACAAGAUCGCCAACGUAAAGCAGAAGACGUGGCAUUUCUCUCAGAAUGAAUCGAUUAUCAGCCGAGCGACCGGCCGCUGUCUGGAGGUGGUGCCAGCAAACGUGUACUUUGGCUACCUGCUGGUGCUGCAGUCGUGCUCCGGACAGAGAUGGACCAUAAAGAACAGCAUGAAGCAGUAAUCAAGUGGAACAUAUCAACGGGACCAAAUGAGGCCGGAGGCUGUGCUGCCUGAUGUCAGCUUGGCCCGAGCCGCGACGGACGGACAGACGGACACAUGGAGGGACGGACGGAUGAGGCAGACGCUCCUGCUCUUUCUCCAGAGAUGAAGGAGAUGCUUUUGGAAGAGAUUUGAAGUGUGAACAUCUCAGCGAUUUAACCUUGUUUUUUUUCUUCUUCUUUUUUUUUCCUACAAACUGGAUAUUUAAGAUAAUGCAACAUUUGCAUGAGAACCUUCUCUCUUUCAUGUGACAAACUUUAAAGAUGUGUUGUUGCCAUAAAUGCUCUAUGUGCCACUUCUGUACAACGUUGUUUAAGGUCAGACAUUAUUCUCUCAAAGCUAUGUUUGUCUUUUGUCAGGGGGGAAAAUAAUCUAACUUCCUCCUCAAUGUCUGAUCAUUUCAUCCUGUAGUUAUAUCGUCGCUCAGACUUAAAAGAAAAGAAAAAACAUCUGGAAUUAAAUUCUCAGUAUAAUAUGCACUGGUCAUAACUCAUAAUGCUAGUUUUUGAAACUGAUUAAGUAACUAAGAGUUCACGCUCCCAAAAAAAUCUAUUUAUAUUUUUUUCUUAUGAAAAUAAACACCCUGUAAAUAUUUAUAAUUUGAACAAAAAAGGCACAUUUUCAUGUAUCAGGCCCUUCUUUUUCUAGUUGAUGUAAAUCAUCUCAAAUCACACGAGUUUUCACACGUUAUAUGUCCUGUAGCAUGAUUGUACGUACUGUAUGCACAGGAGGACAGAGUGGGGUGGAUUUAAACGCUGAGUGCCAUAACUACAAACUGCAGACGGCCAAAACUAACUAAAGCACUUUGUGGAUCACUGAAUCAGGGAGGGAGGGCUGGAGGCUUAAUAAAUGUAUUGAUACGUAUGAUGUCAUUCAAUUAGUUUAAGAAUAGUUUGGAUUUUGUUUGCUCCUGUCUUUCAAUAAACACCUGGUUUCCUGGUUUUUGCAUGGUUA